GCCUCCCAGUGUCUGAACUUUCCUUACCGUCCUUCUCACCAAACGCCCAUGGUCCCGCAGCAACGACGCCCGCCUCCAUCAAGUGCCCAGGAGUAUUACGCUGUCCCCCAAAGUCCUAAAUCCAACAACAUGCAGGGGGCUCAGGCGCCAUUCAAUCCAUCACGGAUACCUGUCCGCUCAGCUUCGGGGAGCAGCCAAAUGCAGUCAGGUAGAGGCGCGAUAGCACAAGGUGUCGCCAGUGGUGUCAUUGGGGGCGGCUAUGGUCCAUACUCGUAUAAUCCUUCGUCUGCAAGAGACAAUGGUGUUCACAAUCCCUCUCGUUUCAGUGCUGCUCCCUCUGAGGUGUCGUCCGCGACUACUGGCGAAAAAUACCCUGCUGGUCCUGGCCCUGUUGGCAAUUCAUCCACAGUGCCUGCGUUUGCGUGGGAUACAAGGGAUCCGGAUCUCGACGAUGCGCUGCACAAUCCAGAUCCUAUAAGAGACGCUGCUUUGGACAGAUCUUUUACACUAUUCUCAGGUCGUGGAUGGGCGAACGCUUCUGCUCUUUUUAUUUUAGUAGUUGGGCUUAUCACGCUCUUCGCUGGAUAUCCCAUCAUCCAUUUCUACGAAACUGUGGGAAGCAAUGGCCCAGGUUACAAUCUUGGAGGAAUUAAUGCAUCCGGGCAAAUACCCCAAUUACCAGGAAUGCCCACUCUUCUUGACCCUCAGACACCAUCAUCAGCUCGUUAUCGCACUGGAAGCGAUGGUUUAACCUAUGAACUUAUGUUCAGUGAUGAGUUUAAUACCGAUGGACGUACUUUCUGGCCGGGUGACGAUCCAUUCUGGGAAGCCGAUAACUUUCAUUAUUGGCCUACGGGAGAUUUGGAAUGGUAUGAUCCAUCGGCUAUCACUACGCAAGAUGGACACCUUGUUAUCACUAUAACAGAGCAACCUAUCAAUAAUCUGAACUUCAAAAGUGGGAUGCUUACCACCUGGAAUAAAUUAUGCUUCACUACGGGCUACAUCGAAAUGUCUGUCAGUAUGCCUGGUAGUCCCAAUGGUCCUGGGUUUUGGCCUGCUGCCUGGACCAUGGGUAAUCUUGGUAGAGCAGGUUAUGGUGCUACUACAGAUGGAACGUGGCCAUACAGCUAUGCUGCGUGUGAUACCGGAACAUUCCCUAAUCAGACCAGUCCAGCUGGGGUACCCGCAGCUGCAACAACCGGUAGCCUCUCAGGCGGACCCUUAAGCUUUCAACCAGGUCAACGAUACUCGGCUUGUACCUGUCCAGGUGGUGACCACCCUGGUCCUAGUGUAAACAUUGGUCGAGGUGUACCUGAGAUUGAUAUGUUCGAAACUGAAGUGAACGUAUAUGCAUCGCCGUUCCAAGGCGAAGUGUCUCAGAGUAUGCAGGUUGCACCAUACAACUACCAAUACGAAUUCGACAAUUCCACGCCCCCCACGACUUUACAUGGCCAGGGAACCAUCCUCAAUUCAUACACAGGGGGAUCUUAUCAGCAAGCUGUGUCUGCAAUUACUCCCAUUGACAGUGCAAACUAUGGUGGGAACAACUUCGCCAGUUAUGGGUUCGAAUACUGGUCAGACCCGAGUAAUCGAGGCGAUGGAUACAUUACAUGGUACAGCGAAGCUGAGCCCUCUUGGACUGUCACUGCAGCAUCCAUCGGACCCGACACAACUGUCGAUAUCUCAUCACGUCUAAUUCCCGAAGAACCUAUGCAUAUCAUCAUUAACUUGGGGUUGGCACCGUCCUUCCAAGAGCAAGAUUAUGCCGCUAUGAAGUUCCCAACUUCGAUGUAUGUUGACUAUGUUCGCGUAUAUCAGAGGCAAGGAGUGAACAACAUAAACUGUGAUCCGCCGAGCUAUCCUACUGCUAACUAUAUACAGAACCAUCUGAACGCUUACUCGAAUCCCAACCUUACGACAUGGGAGCAAGCAGGAUAUACAAGACCGCGGAACUCAAAGUACGAUGGAUGUUAAAGUGCUUGCCAAGUACUUUGUUCUCAUCCAUGAUUUCCCACACACCAUCAUCACCUUCUACAUACUGUACAAUGCCUUACAUUAUUAUGACGAUCCCCAGGAAUGGACUAUUCGAGCUGUUAUUACGAAGGACUCACUGGUGACAUAACUUGUACUCAUUAGCUCCAUGUCUGUUACCAUUUAAGACGAUGACUGGUGCUUUGCAUGUUGCAAUAGUAUUGUUUAGCACUGAGCCGCUGAUCAUAGACAUUUCUAGUUUUGGGUGUACGAAUUAUGACCCCCUUUUACUAGUAACCGUAGUUGAUAUGUGUAUGUUUGCAAUGUCUCAAAGUCAUGGUUGGCGUUUAAUUAUCGGU